AUGAAAAUCAUGUACACAUUGGUAAUAUGUGCGACCAUAGGCUUGUUCGUAGGUAAAGUAGAAAGUUUUGAGCUGGAUAUCAGCCAAGUCCUGGACUACUCCAGAGGAGCCUCCACAGUGUCAGUGACGAAGACGCGAGAACUUCAGAACCUGUACACACAUAAGUUCAACGACCCAGCAACGCUGAAGGAAAUAUACAACGGAGACGAAAGACUGUAUUUCGACCAGCUGCUUGUGAGCGACCAACUUUUGUUAUCUGCAUCUGUCGUAUGGUCGUUUGAAACGCCGUCCAUUAUCCAAUUAAAUUUGGAACAAUCUUCUGUAUUACUUAUAAAUGAAAAAGAAUCAUUGGAUGUUCAGGCUAUUUUUUCUAAAAAAUUAGUUACAAACAUAAAGCCCAGAAUCCAUUCAGAUAUUGAUGCAAUUGUUGAUAUAGAUUUGUCUAAUAUUUCUGAUUAUGACAGUAAUAAUUCUAAAGUUUACGUUACAAAUAUUAAAUUUGCAGAAGAUAGGUUUAAAAAAUACACAUUAAGAAAUUAUAACUUGGAGUCAACAAGAUUAGGUAAAAUAUUGUAUAAUAAUACAGAAUUGAAAACUAAAUUUGAAAAUAAUCCUGAAAAAUCUACUGAGUCAAAUUUGGACAUUCCAUACAAAAACAAUGUAUAUUCAAUACAGGUUUAUGCAUAUAAUAAUUUUCCUCUUUUAAUAGAAUUUUUGUACACAUUUAACAAAAGACAAUUUUAUGGCUACACACCUGAGGAAAAAUGGCAUCACGUGGUUUUCCCGACCGUUGAAUACCCGGCGUUCUCAGAUUUGCUGUACAAUAGGCUGAACUACUACGGCUGCAAAAAUGGAUUCAAAUAUACCAUAGACAUCAAUCAGAAAACGGAUACGGACAGCCACCCGUACAAAAUUAAUACCUACUGCAACCUGCUGGACGAGGUGGAGACUAUAGAAAACGAAGUGAAGCUGCCGUUUUACACGGACAGGAACUACAAUGAAGGAAAAUAUAGGUGUUUCGAGCACACGCCGAUCAACGACACGCGAUUCUUUGUGGACCACCUGAUGGAGGGAAACUUAGUGUUACAGCUGCCAGCAAUACCGAAAGUAAUUAAGACCGUAAGAGUCUACCACCACCUGGACAGAAGACCGUACCUGAUCGUGUUUGUCGACAGUGCAGACGUGUUGUACUACUACAUUUACGAGGACAAAGUCUGGAGGAGAGACAAAACUGUGGAAAACGUGGACUUUGGCGAAAGAUUUAACGACGACAUAAGAGCACUGCUACACCAGCUAUACCAGGACGAUAUUAGGGAGGGUAAAAGAGUCCACAAACUUGUAAUAAACGAAGAGGCAAUAAGUCUCAUGACCGACUCAGUGAGGAUACUGACCUGGUUCGACAGCGAGGCGACAAUAGAUACGUACAAGAAGGAUAGAGAGUCGAAGAAUAACAAUCUACUCAAAAUAAGCGAGUUCGACAUCUGGUGGUACGGCUACUACAGCGACACGACGACGAUAGGAGGAGAGGGGCUGCUGAAAAAGAUGCUGCUCGUGCAAAACAAGCAGAACUGCGCAAUAAAGCCAGCAAAAUACUACGGGUACACCAUACACGACUUCGACGAAGGAAUAUACGUGCAUAGAAUAGACUACUACCACGACAAGAGCACGGGGGACAUGACAGUGUACCUGUACACAAACACACUGUUCGUAUUCGUGUUCAGGAAAAACUCCAGAGAAGCGUCGGAAGUUAACUGGAAAUUCCUGGAAGUGAAGCCAGUAAAAGUGCUGGAAAUGUACGACACGUACACGAAGUACUACGAGUUGAUGAAGAAGCUGAACAAUUUUAACUUCAACGUUAGCGAAGUGGUGGCAAGCCCAGUCAACCUGCUGCCAGAGACGAUUGGCAUCAAGUUCUCCCAGACGGAAACGAGGUCGAUGCCCACGUUGAAAGGAGAUAACUUGAACAAGAACCUGCAGAGGGUGGAGUAUGACGUCGCGAAGCACGCAGAGCAAAGCGAGGCGGCGACGAGCGAGGGAGGGAGACCUUGA